UUAGAAAAAAAAAAAACAACAUGAAACUGGAGAGGUUCAAGUUUGAGGCGGAAAUUGCAAUGAUGGAAUGGUGAGGUUUUUGUGACGUCACUCGUGUCGCGCAUGUCUGUACAUAAAUUGGCUUGCAAGGUAUUUACUGUAACAUGGGCAUCUCAUUUAAAUUUAGAAUGUGAAGGAUCAUUGUAGGUACCUUAACAUGCAUGUAUGUGAUAUAAGUAAACUUAACAAUCAACUACAUAUAUAAUCUACUAUACAAUGUAGGUAGUUAGUGUUGCAGUUGUACUUAAUACUUGCCUGAAUCUCCAAAGGAGGACACACACCAAGAACAACAGCAAAAACCCGACAAAUAGCCCAGCAAAGAACAGAGAGACCAUGCGAUCACCUACAAACAGCAAAAUUAAUCUUUUGACACUGCUGUCGUUUGAUAUAUUUUCAAACUUAUUAAGUCAACUUUGAUCGGUGUUUCAGAUAAAAUACAUUUGUAUACUGAGAGCAAUGCCUCCGCACGAGAACUAAAACUCCACGACUUAAAAACCAGUUUGAUGAAACAAUACACGAUAUUGUGAAGUUUGAGAAAACAAGACAAACGAAUCGCGAAAGUUUUUUCAAUAUUUCAAAAUACGUCAACUAUAUUCUGCAUGGCGAAAAAAAAAAAGGAUUAUAGUCGCCGUUCUCUGUAGUUUUUCAACGUGAGUCUAUCAACACUUUCAUUUAAAGCAGGAUGGAUUCGGGCAAACACCUGCUUUAAUGUGCCAUUAUAAAACCAGUAUAUUCUAUUCACGUAUGCUUUCCCAGAAUUCGUUAACUGUAGAUCACUGCCUCUGUACCCGCUGUGUGUACUUAAAUACCAAAACUGUUAAAUCUUAUAUGGUAGCUGCAAAUCAGUAGCUUUCUGGGGAAGCAUUUGGACAGACCAGAUAUCUCAAUAUUUCCCCCAGAGAGCUACAGGUCUGCCGCUAUUUAUAUGGAGGUCGUCAAAUGCCAUUAUAACAUCAGGUCUUUGCCUACACUGUACAAUAGAAUAGAUAUUAGAUUUAUUUGCCAAUCGUGGUCCCACUGGGGGCAUAGCAUAGAUACAAAAAAUGAGCGUGAUUUGUAAACACACAUGAGGACGAGAAAAGUCACAUCAAUAAAAUCAAUAUUCAAAACAUUUUUUUUUAAAAACCAACAAACUACCACAUAGUCUAUAUUGUAAGUGAGGCAAAGUACAUCGAAGGAAAACGGUGAAAUUCAGACUUACCGCAGGACGUGUCCAUUCUAAUUACUAACUGUGUAUGUUUCCUUGUGUUAAGGAAAAGAAGGGAAGGGCAAAUUCCCUCACGUGGGCGGAAUUCAAACUUUAAAACAAAAAGCAUUCAAGGAAGCUGGUGUACACGCCUGUAAUGUUCAUGUUUCGUAAUCAAAGUGCGAUAUAUUUGUCAGUAUAUUUUUCCGUAAUGAAGACGAUAUGUCCUCAAUCAAGAAAGGUAUAAAAGAUUAUAAUACCCAUGAUUUUCAAUGUACACUAUCAAACUUCCGUGAAGAAGCAUGUGGGACACAAAAUCCACACGAUGGUCAAUAUUGGCAGCCACACCUCUCUUUCUUUCUAUUGUUUGCAUUAAAGAAUUUAAUCGUAGAUCGCAGUGGACUAUUUCGCUAUAGUAGAGUAGGAAUGUUUUAAUUACACUUUCUUGUUAAUGAUAUCUCUAAUUGUAUACUUAAGUGUCCUCUAAGUCUACUUACAUAGUAUUUAAAGAUAUCUUUAAUGAAUUGGAUAUGUUCUCCCUAAGGCUGUUAUAGAACACAAACAGAGAGAGAGAGAGAGAGAGGGGGGGGGGGGUAAAACGUGUAAAGUGAGGACAAAUGUCAACCACUGGACAAAAGUUGUGACGACAGAAUUGCACUAUAUGGACCAAAACAAAAACAAACAGUCCUCACAAUUACGCCCCUCAUAAAUAUGACCUACAGAAUGUGAAAGAUGUACAGUAGAUACAAAAUAUUAGCUUCGUGAGGAGAAGUGGUGUGAGGACAUGUCCUUACCAAUAUUCUCUCUCAUUUGUCAAACUCAAACUUUUUUCAUAAUUCGAAAGAGAGUAUUAGAUCAACUUUUAUAAGUAACCCUAUAGCUAUACCUAACAUAGUACUUUUUUGCCUUUAGAAUAAUAUAUGUGUGAAUUGUCUUCUACACAUUGUGAGGACGUCCUCAUUUAGUAGGUUUGGUCGGCUAGAGAGAGAGAGAGAGAGAGAGAGAGAGAGAGAGAGAGAGAGAGAGAGAGAGAGAGAGAGAGAGAGAGAGAUUUUCACCAUUUAGCAUUGUGGGCACCAUGCACGAUAACAAAAUUCUGCCCUUGCAGUAUACAGUUACGUCCCCUUUGACGUGACCCACAGAAUGGGAAAAGGUUAUACAUAAGUAAUGUGGAGACGUGCUCCUACUGAUGUUCUCUCUCAAAAUAUAUUUUCCAAAAUUCGAAAAAGAGGAUUCGAUAGACUUUAAUAGGUGUUCCCAUGAAUACUUUUAUAAUAUCACGUAUGAUGCAUUUUUACAUUCUUUGUUAGAUAGUUCGAGGACGGUUUCACUGGUUAGUGAAGGAGAGAUAUAUAGAGACCAAUGAUUCUGAUCGCCGGUUAGUGAGCGAGAGAUAUAUAGAGACCAAUGAUUCUGCUCUCCCCAGUUGAUUUAUUGCGAAAUAAUGAUUUCCUGGCAUUACAAAGUUCUCCCUUUUCUUCUUUUUUCAAUGAAGACUUGUACCACGUGAUUAUGAUAUCAUAUUCAUCGUUGGCGGUUAUUCCUUAAUAUGUCCACAAUGUUAUCGGGACCUCUUCAUUUGAUAAAGACAACAAGAUAAAUUAAUGCAUUAUAUUGUAUAUCUAACAGUGGCGGCUUUAAUAGGAAAUUUCUGAACGGAGAGAGAGAGAGAGAGAGAGAGAGAGAGAGGUGGGAAAUAGCUGGGUGUCUUGGAACUGUGUUGAGACUCCCAGUGGGUCCAGAGUGAAACUCUGGUAAGAGCCCAAGGGGCAAAACCCCCUGAAAAUACUGAUGACGAGCAAAUUUAAGUAUUUUUGAACCUAUUUCUAUAUUUUUUAAAAAAGGGACCAUGUUUGUGAGGGGCGGCCCGGCGCUGGAUCUACAUUGUCCAAAAAAGGACCCGUUAGCUUCCGUGUGUUACGAUCAUCAACAGCUUUAAUCAAACACUUUAAACGAUUCAACAUUUUGGGGUACUUUUCAACUUUUUUUCAUUCAGAGAAGAAUCAUAAGAUAUAUUAAUACUGCUGCUACACAGAGCAUGGUUGUGGUAUACAAUAAAAAAAGAAAUCUGCUGCUUUAAUUACAUACUGUAUUAUACGGAACUUCCGCUUUGGACAAAUACGCGACUUCCGCUUUAUUCAUGGAAUUUCUUUAGACUUGUGGAGUGUAAAUCACUGAAUUUGCCCUCGUCCUAAACGCUUUCAACAAUGUUUGCAAAACACCGUCUAAAUAAAUUUUGCAAUGAUUUCAUCUGAGUGUUGUAAUGUUGGCAUUUUUUUAUUUAAACUUCAAAGUAUACAUCGAUCUUACUGUGUAAGUAAAUUUUCCCAAUAGUAUUGUUAACUAUACUUGAUAUUGCUUACAUAUAAUUGUCCUCUUCUUGAGAAGUCACUUUUCAGAUUGCGAGACAACACCAGUGAACAUGAUACAUUGCGGUGCCAUAUUGCUGUGGAUCUUACGGGCAACAGCAGCGACAAAAUGGCGAAACUGUGAAGAAUGGCGAUUGCACGGAUAUACGAAGAGCGCUUCUUUCAACGUGGACCCGAGCAGAGACGGGAACGUGUUAUCCGUGUACUGUGACAUGACGUCCAUUCCCGCGCAGACGGUAUUCAAUCAUGACGUCAUUGCGAGGACUCACUUGGGACACUCCAUCAACGGCUGGUACGGUAUAGUGAUUCCGACGUAUGGCGUCACAAUGAAUGACGUAGAACGGGUAAUGACCUUGACAUCAAGCUGUCAACAGUACAUAAAAUAUGAAUGCAAUACUUCCAAACUGAUUCUACAACCAACGUAUUCAAAAUGGGAAUCACGUGACUCCGUAAUGCAAUACUACUGGGGAGAUGCUGAUAUGCAAUCUAGCUAUUGUGCGUGUGGCCUGUCAAGUACGUGUGCAAAUCCCUCUAAAAACUGCAACUGUAUGGCAGAAGACGCGACCCUACGAGAAGAUAGCGGGUACCUGACGGACUCCAGCGCCCUCCCAGUGACGAGGGUGGUCAUUAGAAUGUCCAAGAAAGCAUCGGAGGGAUAUUUAACAAUAGGACCGCUGAUUUGUGCAGACGUUGAUCCCAGAAGUUUCAUAGAAAAACCUGGCGGAAUUACAACUGCCAUCAUCUGUUCAAUUCUCUUCCUCCUAUUUGUUUUCAUGAUCACGUAUGCCUGUUACAAACGCCGUCCCUGUAGAAAAUGCGGGAAGUGUUACAGACAGCGCUCCAAGACCAUACUUGAAAAACUUCCUCCACAAGAAAGUCCAGCGGUAUCAACAAACAUUACCGAGACGGAGCAGACGUCCUCAUCAAUGGCGGAGAUACCGCGAGGCCCGCUUCAUGCAAUAAUGCCGCCGAGCUGGAACGUACACAAUUUCCCAAUUCAGGAUUAUAAACCUGGGGAAUUGGCCACACUUCUUGGAGCUCAGAACGAGGCUGAGUUAGAACGCCUACGAAUGCAGCUGAACACAAGACCUCAUCACCCGUCACCAAUGUACGACAACCACGGAAGCGACAAGAAAGAAAUCGUGGAACCCCUGAAAGUGACGUCAGAAGAUACGUCACAGACCAAUAUAAGUUCUGACCACAACGUAAACUUUGACGGUGUGUUGUUGGUCAGAUCACUUAUAAAGCGAGAACAAGCGGAGAGACUGAGAAAUGCCAAUCAUCCGCAACCACAGCUGCAGCCCGACGCAGUGGUCCAUGACAGCAACACAACCAGCACCAGGAAGAACCAGCUGCAACCCGACGCAGUGGUCCAUGACAGCAGCACAACCAGCACCAGGAAGAAACAGAGCGCAGUAAGCAUUAGCAACCUUGAAGAAUCCAGCAUCAAAGAAAAUACAAUCAAACCAGACAAACAAACGGAGAGUACCGAGGACAGACACGAUGUUGAUCUCUCUCAUUUCUCACAAUCACACCACUUAAACCAUACAAAUAUUCAGAUGGUCAAAGAUAUUAUUGAACAAGAAAAAAUUGAAAGGGGGAGUUUUUUAAGCACAUAUGAUCAGAACCAAUCAAAAAUGGAUAUCAGUUCUACAGUUGACCCAAGGUCAAAAGCAGUUGACCAAUCAAACAUUACUCAGCGGUCACUUGAUGCUCAAGAAACUGAAUAUAAUGCCGACUGGGACUAAUAGUCGUGAAAAGUCCAAAUAAUCCGAAACUAUGCAUGCACAUAUAAACCACGACAUGGUUUUCCUCAGAGGUACAUAUUCAUAUCUAGUGACCAGUCAUUCAAAAACUUACUUUGUUAAACACCACUCUGAUUCCAUGCACAAGUACUCUGAAGUUGAAAUAAAAAAUAUGCUAAAGUUCCUCAUUGACAAUAUCUUCGUGGUCUUUGGUGAUCAGGUCUUCCAACAGUCUGAUGGAAUUCCCAUGGGGAAGAAUUGUGCUCCUUUGUUAGCUGACCUGUUUCUAUAUUCAUAUGAAG